UCCAUAAAGCAAAGUGUGGUGCACGUUUUAUUCAUUGCUAUUCGUGACUAUUAAAAACAAUUAACGAGUCGAGACUGAUUUAAACGACUUGAUAAAGAUUUAUCAUUACAAUCUGGCAAGAUGAUUAUUCGCGAAAGUGAUAAAUUACCAACGGUAGAGCUGCCAAGCUCUGAACUACAGGGAAAACAUCUAAUGCAGCAUCCUUAUGAUGACAUGCAAUUCGGUGCCUAUUACGUUACUAUAGAGGCCGGAAAAGAGAUUUCCCUGAAAGGAAAUGUCCACAAAACACCAAUUGAAGAAAUUAAAUAUUCACAUGGUUACUUUUGCAUGGACGGUGUUUUAACUGCGUCCAGUGUGACCGACAAAAAUAGUACAAUGGGUCCAUACAUUUUGAAAGAGGGAUCAUUUCACAUGUUCCCGCAUUCUGUCACGCUUGUUUGCAAUGUUGAGAAGAAAACUACUUUGAUUGUGAUUUAUGUGCCCGAAAAAGACGGGUCUCCUGCUGAAAAUGUGAUUUCAGGGGCACUUUCCGAUCUUCAGAAGAGCAAAAGGUGUGUGGAUUGGGGAAAAGGAAGCAGUGUUCGGUUUCUGCUGGAGGAGGACGGAUACCCGAUUAGUGUCACCCAUUGCACAUACAAUGACGAUUCAGUCAGACUCGAGUACGACGAGUUUUUAAAGACAAACUUCUUCAUCAAAGGAUCUAUAACUGUCAACUACGGCUCAGUUGGCCUUGAAAAGAGCAGCGACCUCACUUGCUCGAAAGACUCCGUUGCCAUGGUGUCAGCCAAUGAGAACGACCGUCACUGCCUACUGACGAGCAACAAUUGCCAGUCUAUCAAUAUAUUCUCGCCGGCUCUCAAAGGACAAGAGAAACACAGUUGGACAUCGAACGAAGACUAUUCGGACUUCUCGUGAUGUUGUCAAAACUAUGAAAAAAAUGUACUGAAUUUGAUUAUACGUUGUAAAAAAAAAAUUUACCCAUUCUGUAAAUUGUGUUGUUUCGUCAUAAAUAUGACCGAGUUAUUUUCUUUUUCCGACAACUCUGGUUUUGGUGGGUUUUUCCACAUCUCAAUGAUGGCCGUUAUUGAAGUUCAAACUUCAACUAGGCUCUCCCAAUGUCAAGAAAACUGGUCUGAAUUCUUUUGCUUUU